CCGUGGUGGCGCGCGCGCGCGGUUUGGCCAUGAACGUCAGCGGCACCGCGGCCAGAGCCAACGGCUCCUCGUCGCGCGGCGAGCGCAACGAGGCGCUGGCGAGAGCCGAGGUGGCGGUGCUGUUCGCCAUGUUCGCAUGCACCACACUUGGUAACUCGGUGCUGCUGACGGCGCUCUUCCGACGGCGCAAGCACGCGUCACGCAUGCACGUGUUCAUGGUGCACCUGUGCCUCGCCGACCUGGUGGUGGCUUUCUUCCAGGUGCUGCCGCAGCUCGCGUGGGACAUCACCGACGUGUUCCUCGCGUCCGACUUCGCCUGCCGCUUCAUCAAGUACAUGCAGAUCGUGGGCAUGUUUGCCUCCACCUACAUGAUCGUGGGCAUGACGGUGGACCGAUACCAGGCGGUCUGCUUCCCCAUGGUCACCUUCAAGAAGCGUAUGGCUUACUGGAACGCGCCCGUGUGCGCCGUGUGGGUGGUCUCGCUGCUGCUCAGCGUGCCCCAGGCGGUCAUCUUCGCCAAGGGGGAGGUCUACCCGGGCGUCUACGACUGCUGGGGGACAUUCCAGCCGAUGUGGGGCGUCAAGGCGUACAUCACCUGGAUGGCCAUGGCCAUAUUUGUGGUGCCCACCGCCGUGCUCGUGUGGUGCCAGACCAAGAUCUGCCGCGUCAUCCGGCUGAACAUCUACUUCAAGACGCCGCACGUGCACAAGGACACGCUGCUGCUGCGGCGGCGGCGGAAGCAGCGGCGGCGGCAGCAGAAGCGGCAAGAGGACGAGGAGGAGGUGGCGGCCCUGCACAGGGGUCAGACGCACGCUGUGACCAUGACGCGGGUGAGCAGCGUGACCGGUGUCUCGAGGGCGAUGGUGAAGACGGUGAAGAUGACCCUGGUUAUCGUGAUCGUAUACGUCCUCUGCUGGUCGCCGUUCUUCGUAGCGCAGCUAUGGAGCGUGUGGGAUCCCAAUCCACCGUUCGAAGGUAAACUUCAACCCACCAGGGGCAGACUGGCUGCUGUCCAGCCUCGUUUGUUUUUGAUGCUUAAGUUGUACGUCUCGUGCUUAUAUGCCUGGCUUUCGUCAAGCGCUGCUGUGGGUAGAUAACACGCAUCGAGAAUGUGUUCCAUCGCAAUCACCAACGAUUUAAGUCCAUUAUACUCAAA